GCCCCUCCCACCCACAGUAAUGGCGGAUACUGAGGACAUGUUUAUCAGGGAGCUGGAGAGAAGGGACGGGAAGGUGCUGAAGAUCCGUCAGCUUUGCUCGGGGGAUGUAGGCUGCGUAGUGUGGGAUGCCGCCAUCGUCCUGGCCAAAUACCUGGAAAGCCCUGAGGGGCCCAGGAUGAAGAAGGCGUCAGUGCUGGAGCUGGGGUCCGGUACCGGCAUCGUGGGCAUCAUGGCUGGCAGCCUGGGGGCAAGUGUCAUAUUGACAGAUCUUGAAGAAUUACAGGAUUUAAUGAAAAUGAACAUUGAUCGUAAUGCGGAUCUUAUAACUGGUUCUUGCCAGGCGAAGGUACUGAAAUGGGGAGAAGAUGUCACAGAAUUCAUGCCUCCAUCUAAUUACAUCUUGAUGGCUGAUUGUAUCUACUAUGAAGAAUCCUUGCGUCCAUUGGUUAAGACUCUGAAAGAUCUUGCCAGCCCAGAGACAUGUAUACUGUGCUGUUAUGAGCAAAGAACAACUGGCAAAAAUCCUGAAGUUGAGAGAUUGUUUUUUGAGUUAUUAAAAGACAACUUUGAAAUUGAAAAGGUGCCCCUGGAUAAACAUGACACAGAAUACCGGAGUGAAGACAUUCACAUACUGCAGGUUUACAAGAAGAACUAGGUUUUGGGCACAACUGGCAGCACGGCAGGAGGUCACACCAAAACCCGACCGACACAAAGCUGAACCUGCGAAAUCACAGACCUACUUGCACAAUCCCGCUACGCAACCAAAGCUGCCAAGCACCCAGAUGAACCUGUGGCGCCCCCGCAAGAAGAAACCGCAAUCUCUGAAAACACGCACGCCUGUCACCCCACGGAGGCUUGCAAAACCCAGUGGAAAGCAAGUGGCGGCGGGUAGCAAAGACAAGGGCCAAGCUAACGGGUCUCUGACAUCCACAGCCCCACAAGAUGGCGGACCUGUGUGCAGGAGCACCACGAGGCACCCAGGCACAGUACAGCCUCGCAAUCUUUGCGAAAGGUACACACCUGCAAGUCACAUACCCACUGCAGAGCGACCAAGGACCUCCCCACAGACUAGGCAUUGGAUGAAUGGGUGAGAAGCCCAGGACUGACUUUUGGCACGUUCCAGUGAUGGAAUUAUAGUGGUCCUUUAAUCUGAAUAUGUUGCUCUAUAAAAAUUGUGCUGUUUCUUCACAUGCUGACCAACUGUUAACGAAUGUUUUGUCAUAUACUUGUCAAUGCUGUUGGGGCAUGACGAGAACUUGUUAUAUU